GCCCUGGGGUCCCUUUCCAAGGGGGGGUCCUCUCCCCACAAUGGACCCCGAGCAGAGCCCCCCACGGGUGCCAGCACCCCGGGCGGGCCCGAUCCCACCCGGGCCACCACAUGAAUUACCCCAACACAGCACUGAGACCCUGACAGCAGCCCCAAACCCGCUUCACUGAGCCCAGCGACCGCACGCGCGUGUGCACACAUGUGCCUGCGAGCGUGUGUCAACACCCAGCACAUGUACACUGACAUGCAUGUGCAAGCGUGCAGCAGUACAUGCGUGUGUGUGUCCGUGUGUCCCCACGCGUGUGCCCGGGGGAGUGUUGGAGCCACCCGCCCCCAGGGCACAGGGUGCUGACAGGCGGGGCCAUUGGGGUGCUCAGCACCCAGCAACACUCCCCCAAGCCCUGAGACAACCCCUGGGGCCGGCUACACCGUGUCACAGGAUGAGACCCGCCUGUUCCUCUUCUGUGCCCUGCGGAGGAGCGGCCGGAGCGCAGGUACCUGGAGGGGCCAUGGGGCACCCUAUGGCCCCCUUUGUGCUGCUGCUGCUGUGCCCCACGUCCCCUCUGUCCCCUGUGUCCCCCCUGUCCCCUGCGUCCCCCACACCCCCCGCGUCCCCCUGCUUCACCGUGCCGCCGGACGCCCCCGUUGAGCUAAAUUUGACCCAAACCAUUCCUCACUGCGCCGAGCUGGACUGGGGCCACUUCCAGCGGCAGCGGCGGCUGUGGCUGAGCCACAAUGGCAUCGACGCCCUGAGCCCCUCGUCCCGCGUCCAGCCGGGGCUUGAGGAGCUGGACUUGUCCCACAACGCGCUGCGGGAGCUGCCGGCCCUGUUCCUGAGCCGGGCGCGGGGCUUGCGGCAGCUCUGGCUGCGGCACAACCGGCUGCGGGACCUGCCCGACGGCUUCUUCGCCAACAGCACGGCCCUGGAGAGCCUGUGGCUGGACGGGAACCCCCUUCCCGCCGUGCCCAGCUCCGCGUUCCAGCCCGGGCUGCGCUUCCUGGCCGUGCCGUGCCGCUGCGACGUGGUGGGCAGCGUCCUGGCCCCCUGCGCCUGCUCCCGCGCCUCCUGCCGCUGCCACUGCCUCGACCCCCAGCACCGCCGCUUCAAUGUCACCCACUUCCACAGCUCCGAGUGCCGGGGCCGCGCGGCGCUGGCGGCCGGUGCUGCCACGGCCGCUGCUCUGGUGGCCCUGGCGCUGGUGGUGGCCGCCGUGGUUUGGUACCGGAGGAGGGCGGCGGCCGCCGGUGUCGGGGGGGGGAAGUGGGACCCGGUGGCGGCCCACGGGCAGCCCCGGUACAUCAGCAGGUCCAAUGGCACUGACGGCACCGAUGGCACCAGUGGCACCGAUGGCACCGAUGGCACCACCGAUGCCACAGCGCCGGACUAUGAGAACGUGUUUGUGGGCCCCUGCAGAGCCACAGCCACCGCGCAGGGAUGGACACCGGGAUGGCAGCGGCACAGCCCGCAGGUCCCGGUGGGUGACGAGUGUUUCCUGCGGAGCGAGGACAUCGAGGACCAGCCUGUCUAUGCCAACACACAGAGCCCCAGCCAGGACAGCAUCUACAUCAUCCCUGACCAGUGAUGCUCCCGUGGUGACCCCAGCAUAGAGGGGACAGGGAUGGGUGCUCCUCAUGGAUGUGGGCUCCGUGGGUCCUGCUAUGGCUGGGACAGGGACAUGCACAUUCCCCGCUCGCAUCCUGCCACCGACUCCUCUCUCAGGGGAGUUAUUUUAAUACACCCCGUGGCCUGCUCCGUCGCCCCCAUUCCACCAGUAGCCGAGGGCCGAGGGCCGGUGCUUCCUCCGGCUGUGGGGACGCAGCAUCUGCGGGCAGCAGCGUUCUGGAGUUGGGGACAUGUGUGGGGGGCCCCUGGGGUGACCGCAGCAGCACCACAGUUCCUGUUCCCUUUUCAGCUGCUGAUGGUGUGCACGUGCGCCUGGGGACGUGCUGGUGGUUGGGGACAUCCGGACACUGGGACCAACCCCACUGUCACCUUCCCCCUGCCUUUUCCUGUUAAAUCUGCCUGUUUGGGGAACAGCAAAAGCCCCUUUUUGAGUGCUCCUGCAGGAUUCCCGGUUCUGCACCUUGAGGGGAUCGGCAUCCUGGGACAUGGGCUUAUCCGGGUGUCCCCCCCCCUCCAUGGGUGCCCUGAGCUCCAUCCCUGGCGAUGCUCCACCAGGCCCCAUUAAAUGGUUUAAUCAGCUUAAA